AUGUUGUCGGAGGAGGAAGUUCACUCGAAUUCGUACGCAGGCCGAACCGGAGCCGUGAUGGAUCAAUCCGACUUGUUCAGUGAUGAUUGUGAUGAAAUCAACUUGGGAAAUGAGGACACUCCGCCGUCGAAACUCCGUCUUCAUACAUCUACUGACACGGAGCACAGUUCUCCCGCGGUUAUCAAUAGUAUUGAGGAUCAUGAUCAAUACAUCGACAACCACAUCAACGACCACUAUGCGCAAAUCUCGCCGCUUCCCCAGCCCACUCACUUCAAAGUCAUCAUUCGUGAAUUUGAGAAACGUGGCGAUGGAAUGAACGCAUACAUUGUUUAUAAAUUGGAGACAGAGGUGAGCGGAGUGGUUGGAUACUCGAAGCAACAGUAUGAGACGUGGCGUCGAUUCUCGGAUUUUCUCGGACUUCAUGGGAAGAUUGUGGAGAAGUACCUGGCGAAGGGUAUCGUGAUUCCACAACCACCGGAGAAGAGUAUCUCGGCGCUGACAAAAACUAAGGCCAACUCUGACCCCGCUAUGAGUCGCGAAGUCGGAAUCCAACGUGCCCGCCAACUCGAGCGAUACAUCAGUCGACUCAUUCAGCACCCGAGAAUGAGAAACGACUGCGACGUCCGUGACUUCCUCACAAUUGAGUCGGAUCUUCCGAAAGCUGUCCAAACGGCCGCGUUGUCUAGCUUCGGAGUGAAGAAGAUCUUCAAAAACUUCCAAGUUGUGUUCUCGAAGAUGGCUUUCCACAUGGAAGAGGGCGAUCGUUGGUUCGAACAAGUGCAGUCGCAGAUUGAUGAGCUUGAUGAGGCUCUUCGCAAGUUGUACGCUGUCACCGAGACGUUGGUUGCUUCUAGAAGAGAUAUGGCCACUAGUGGAGAGCAAAUGGGAAAGGCUCUGUCCAUGCUUGCCGCCUGCGAGGAGUCAACAUCUCUCUCCCGUGCUCUCUCCGCUUUGACCGACGUCACCGAGAACGUCUCCAGCGCCUGGGGUAAACAGGCUGAAAUCGACAAUGCGAAGUUCUCCGAGUCGAUCUACGAGUAUAUCAUGCUCAUCUCUGCGUUGAAGGACGUCUUCGGAGAACGUGUUCGUGCUUGGCAACAAUGGCAAGACGCCCAGCAGACACUCGCUAGAAAGAGAGAUCAGAAGACCAAGAUUGACUUGGCCGCUGGUGGAAGAAACGAGAAAUCGGAUCAAUUGAAGGCGGAGAUUGAGGAGACCGUCCUGAAGAUGGAUCAACUUGAGCAACACUUUGGAGAGCUCAGCAAAGCUAUCCGUGAUGAGGUUGCCAGAUUUGAUUCCGACCGGAAACAUGAUAUGAAGAAGAUGUUGAUUGAAUACAUGGAGAGUAUGAUUCAUACUCAUACGGAGGUACGGUAG